AUGUCUCUCAACGAUUGGAAAAAUGAAAAAGCAAUGCUCGAAUAAAGAAAUCAAUUUCUAUACAUGCAAAUUCAGGAGAUAAAAGAAAGAGAAGAACAUCAGAAGAAGUUUAAUGAUACAAUUAUGCAGGCUUGGAGUUAAGGGGAAGGAAGAACCAAUGUAAUUAGUUAAGAUUAAUUAUACCAUAGUGUAAAGUGUACAAGGAAAUCUAAAGCACUUUAGAAGAGUACUCAAGAGAACUUAUUGAAGCUAAGAAGAAGAGUUCGAUUGCUAUGAUGAAAUUAGAGAAUGAAAAUACCGAACUCAAAUAUUAAAUAGAAAAAUUAGAAUCCAUUUAUCAAUAGAAAAAUCAAUUGCACCAAGAGAAGGUUAUGGAGUUGAAAAAAAAGAUUGAAUGUCAAACUAAUAAAGAAAAUGUUGGAGACAAUUAAUUUGGGUGUAUUGUAAGUGUGAAGAGUAGGACUUGUAGCCAAAAUACAAGCAGGGAAAUAACUAAAUAACGAUCCAAAUAUCAGAAUAAGCCUGAGAUAUUGAAUUGUCGCAACUCGAAUGUGAUGGAAAUUAACACUGAUUUCCUCAAAGAAUAUAGCACUCAAAUAGAAAGUGUUUCACCUUAAGAAAGACAGAACUUAGCCAUCCAAUUGAAAUAACUAACUAAGGAAUUAAAAACUACAAAAGUAAAAUAUAUAGAUAUAUAUAUUUAGAAUGAAAUCGAAAAUACCAAUUUGUAAACAGCAAAUGAACUGAAAACUGAGAUCAAAUCUAUGCUUAACAAAUUACUCAAGGCUAAAGGUAAGAUGACUGAGAGCAUAGUGGGAAGUGGGAAGGAUUCAAUGCUCAUGUUAAGAGGAAGUCAAUAUAAACCAACAUUAGCUGAUUUUGCAAAACAAUUAAAUGCUGUUAGAUCUAUAGAAACUUUUAAUAUUUUGAAUCCAGGAAAAGCUACAAACAAUUAUUGAUUAGUUAAAUAUAUAUUAAAAAACA